UCGUCGAGUGAGAAAAGCAUCGGAGUCCCGAGUGAUGGCGUCUGCUUCGUAGCUGUGUGAAUGUUACCGCCGCGAUUUGUUUGUGUUUGGUGGGAAUUUCACGGACGGACUGCCUGAAAAGUGGUUUCAAACUCUAUUUUUCCGUGUGGCCGAUUUCGCUAGCGUCUUCUUUCAGUGAAAUUGUGCCAUCCUAGCUGUGUCUCCUCGAUUCGUCUUUGGCGGUAUUUUUGUUGUACUGAUCAGCGGACCGACGCCAUGUUGUGUGAUUGUUUACGGUAGAAGAAAUUUUGGGAAGAGAGUGCAUUAUUUCGGUCCAAUUUGCGUUGACCUGGGUUCGUUUGGUGGUUCUUCCCCUCUGCGACUAGUGCUGCACUCCGACAUUCGCCUCAGAUCCUUCUUGAAGGCAGACAUGAUGGGGCAUGGUUCAUCUUGCUCAAUGGAUUUUCUCCCCCUAGAGCCACAUUGUGAUGACACUUCGCCUUCUGGGAUUGGUCCAUAAAUUUACCCAUUCUAAGUCCAUACUCUAGUCUCAGCCACUCUUCUUUCUACUGGCACCUUACCAAGGUGAUUUGCCUCAAGAGUGGUGGAGAAGCAAUAAUGUGGCUGCGCAGUGAGCAGCGGAUAACAUACAGACGGGGGCGACAGACGAAAAAGUCAGGUCCUGGUUCUACAGGGACAAACUCUAGAAAAACACUUGGCCUUUCAAAUUCAGGCCGUUGUCAGAAGAUUUCUCGUUGUCGAAGACGUUCGAAAAACCUCCUCCAAGAGAACUCCUGUGACAACGUUCUACCGCAAGAAACUACAGACCAUCUUUAUCACAAGAAACCUUGUGUAGCAAAGUCUAACGACAGUGCUAGCAGCAGUGAAGUUUGUCUAUCAACUCCAGGGACAUCUGUACUAUCUAUUGUAUCUACCAUGUGUGAAGAAAGUAAGGAGAAUUCUGUGCCUGUUGCUGCAUCCCCUCCUGCAGACUCAGCUGUUUUCAAUGUGUAUCAACCUGAGGACCCAUCGAAUGAUGUAGACAUAGAUUUGUCAUGCUUGCUGGAGGAAGAAGCAAAGGCUGGCAACUCAGAAUUGGCUCUGCAAUGCUAUGCAAUGGCAGCAGCUGUUGUUGCCCAACAGCAACAGGAAGAGGAAGAACAGAAAAGAGCCCAGCAACAAAAUCAACUUCAGCUUGAAGUUGUGAAUAAUCUCCAAUCUAUGAAUAACAAUUCUGUCAUGGAAGAAAAUGGUGAUAAAGGAGAGCUUACGUGUUAUGAAGACACAUCAGAAAUUACUCAAGAUGAGAACAUGAUGACACAGGCUGAAACCUCAGGGUCCUGUGAAGAAGAGUGGGAGCCUUUUGACCCCUACCAAUUCAUAAAGCAACUGCCUCCCCUGACAAAUGAAAUGCGUUCCCGUUGCCCUGCACUACCCUUAAAAACGCGUAGCAGCCCAGAAUUCUCCCUUGUCCUUGAUUUGGAUGAAACUUUGGUGCAUUGUAGUCUUCAAGAGCUGGAAGGAGCAGCGUUUUCUUUUCCUGUUCUUUUCCAAGAAUGCUCAUACACAGUCUUUGUGCGUACAAGACCUUAUUUCAAAGAAUUCCUUGAGAGAUGCUCUCGUCUAUUUGAAGUGAUUUUGUUUACUGCUUCAAAACGUGUAUAUGCUGACAAAUUGUUAAAUCUUUUGGACCCCAGAAGAGAACUCAUUAAGUAUCGCCUUUUCCGAGAACACUGUGUCUGUGUUCAGGGCAACUAUGUAAAGGAUUUAUCCAUUUUGGGCAGGGACCUCUCUCGCACCAUAAUUGUGGACAAUUCCCCUCAAGCCUUUGGCUAUCAGCUCGAAAAUGGAAUCCCUAUUGAAAGUUGGUUUGUGGACCGAUCUGACAAAGAAUUGUUGAAGUUACUUCCGUUUUUGGAGAGCUUGGUUUCUAAGAAUGAAGAUGUGCGGCCUCAUAUACGUGACAAAUAUAGGCUGUUCAGGUAUCUUCCCCCAGAUUAAUUUAAAAACUUGUGCAUGUCAACAUGUCUACCACUCCAGUGCUUAUUGCCCAUCAGUUGUAAUAUGUGGAAGAUGUGGAAUCAGUAUUCAUUUACUGUAGCUUCAAGCCAUGUUCUGGGCACCAAUUUGAAUGCUUUUAAUUUAUUACAUUUCUGCUUUUCUUAAUUUCUUUUACCAUGCAUCAUCAUAUUUUAUCAGUGUUCCAUGUCUUGUAGACUUUUUAAUUUACCUUAAGACUUUUACCUUAUAUUCUUUAAGCUUAUUGUGAAGCUUUUUACCCUGUGGCUCUAAUUGUGUUAGUCCCCUUACCGUUUGCAACAUCUGUUUUCUACUGUUUUGCAUUAUUGUAAACUUUGCAGAAAAUGGCUUUGACAUUUUCCUUUAUUCUCUGACAAUUUCUAGGAGAUGCGUCGUUGUGAAUCUUAACUUUUGAUUGUGUAAAUAAGUAAACGUACACCUGCAAUGCAUCUGUUCUAUAUUAACCUACUUAGUCAUUGUGCAUCUAUCAAAAUUAUAAUAUAAUAAUGCAAUCAUAUUAUAUACAUAUAUAUAUACAUACAUAUAAAUAAAUAUAUAUUCAAAUAAAUAUAUCUAUACGCAAGAUGUUAACAGAUGAUUAGAAAGUGUACAAAUUUUAUUCUAGCUUGUCAGUUAUUGUGUUUAUCAUUAACUUGUCCUACUGUUAAAAUAGAGUUUAACUUAUUUAGUUUAGAUCCAAUUGGCCAUGGCAGAGACUUACACUAAAAUUUGCAUUAAGAAGUAAGAUAAUGUUAGCAAUCGAUCUCAAUUUUUUUCUUUCAUGGAAGUUGUUUGCUGCCUCAGGAUUCUGGUGGAUCAUCCCACAUUACCAUGUAUUCUUUAUGUGUUUUGUAUUUGAGUACAAUUUUGGCUGUUUUACUGUCACUUUUGAUCUUUUGGCCAUUCAUAAAAAAUUUGAGAAAUAAACAAUCAGGGUGUUCUGCGCCCUUUAAUUUUAAAGUAAAAUGAGUCUGUGAUAGGAUUUUUAUUUUUGUGUUUUGUUUGUGGGCUUUGACUAAGUUUUAUUUAUGUUGCAUUGUAAUUGUUAUUACCGUGCCCUGUCUGUGAAAAUAUUUUAUGAUGAAUGAUCUCCCAUAAUCUCUUUGAGAAUUUGUUUUCCUUUUUUAUGGUGGUGUGCUUCCAUGGAAAUGGUGAGAGGUAUGCAUAAGCUGUUUUCUGCUGCCGGGAGCGGAGUAGUGAUUGUUGUCUUGUAGGUGUCUGUGUUAAAAGUAAAUUGAACACAAGUGGGUCUAAGGUGCUGUGUUUUCAUCAUCUAGUUUUCAAUUUGUUAUGACUGACACCUCAGCUGAUGCAUACCUUUCUUAGUAAGGAGAACUUUGAAUAGAGUAAUCAUUUUCUUGCGGUUUUGUCACCUGCCUGGCUAAUUUAAGUAUUUUGUGGGGGUUGUGACCCUUACUACCUCUGCAGAUGUAUUGCCUAGUGGUGAUCCUGGCUGAGCAGCAAAUGUAAGUGAUUUGAGUGCUCAUAACUUUAAGAGGUUUUCUUGAAGUCUUAGUUUACUGUCUGCUCAUUCUCAUUUUAACUUGCAAAUUUGUAUUUGAUGUUCAAAAUUACGUUAUGUUCCAUUUGUUCUAUUUAAUGUGAACUAUUUUGAAGUUGAAGGCAUGUGAAGUAUACCUUGAUCUUCAUCUACCUGUUAUAUAAAGAUUGCCAUGCCUCGUAAUAAAUAAAUAACCUACAAGUUACCUGGUACAUAAAAAAGAGAAUGCUGCUUCAA